AUUUGGUCAAGUCGUUUUCUUUUCUCUGUAGAGUGUCGUCUAUCCUUUUCAUUUGCCAAUGGCUUAUAUAUACACCACCUAGCAACUUAAUUCGCUCUAACAAGCAAACAAGCACUCGCAAUCCUCCCAAACUUUACAAACUUCUUCUUACGUGUAGGUGUAGCACGCAAUGUCCACGGCGCCGCCGCAACCGAACCAACAGCAGCAGCGCCACCGGAGGCUGCGGGUGCGGCGUGUGUUCGACCUCUUCGACAACGACGGCGACGGGGUCAUAACCGCCGGCGAGCUCUCGGGCGCGCUGGGACGCCUGGGCCUCGCCCUGGGCGCGCAGGCGGACGUGCUCAUCGCCGAGUACGUCGCACCCGGCAUGCCCGGCCUGCGGUUCGCGGACUUCGAGGCGCUCCACGCCGAGCUCGCCGGCGGAGGCGAGGAGGACGAGGAGGCGGAGAUGAGGGAGGCUUUCGCCGUGUUCGACGAGAACGGCGACGGGUACAUCUCCGCGGCGGAGCUGCAGGCCGUGCUGGCGCGGAUGGGGGUGCCGGAGGCGGCGUGCAUGGCGCGGGUGCGCGACAUGAUAGCCGCGCAUGACCAGGACAGCGAUGGCCGCGUCGACUUCCACGAGUUCAAGGCUAUGAUGGCUGCCGCAUAAAGCCAUCUUCAAGACGGUCACACAUGGGAAGGUUUUGAGUGACAGAAAAAUUGGCGUAGCUUGCAUUCAGUUUUUCUCUUGAAAGGACAUUGAGUUUGGUUUUGAGACGGAGAAGGAAAGUCGAUGUAUGAAGUUUUAAGCGGACGUACAAAGGAACGAACGGAAAUUACACUAGUUAAAAACUCACAACUUUUUGAUAUGUGAGGGACUAAAUAAAAUCAUGAAACGACCUUUACGGAUCUUCGUAUAAACCUUUACGUAAGCGAAAUUUUGUUUUGUUCAUUAU